AUGAGUAAAAGAUUCGAAGGAAAAGUGGUAAUUGUCACAGGUUCCUCCCAAGGAAUUGGUCGGGCUACAGCCGUUCUUUUUGCCCGAGAAGGUGCAAGAGUAACCAUUACUGGCAGAGACGAAGCAAGUCUUCAAGAAUCGAAAAAAGCUGUAUUGGCUGUCACGAACUCUGAGAACAACGUGAAUGUCGUGGUUUCUGAUAUCACGACGUCUUCUGGAGUAGACCAAUUAGUCAAUUCUACAAUUGACAAAUUCGGGAAAAUCGAUGUUUUGAUUAACAACGCUGGUGCAGCAUUCACGGAUGAAAACGGGAAAGUUGGAGUGGAAGUCGGAUUGGAAUCUUAUCAGAAGACGUUUGAUAUCAACGUAAAGAGUGUAAUCGAUUUGAUCCAGAAAUGUCGUUCUCAUUUGAUCGCUUCGAAGGGUGAAGUAGUGAAUGUAUCGAGUAUUGCAGGUGGACCACAUGCUAACACUAAUUUCGCCUACUACUGCAUGUCGAAAUCAGCAUUGGACUCUAUGACUCGCUGCUUUGCAAUUGAUUUGAUAAACCACGGAGUUCGAGUCAACUCUGUGAGCCCUGGAAUUGUGGCAACUCACUUCUUGAAUGCAAUGGGAAUUCCGGAUGAGGGAGUGAAGAAGUGUUACAAAUACUACACCGAACACCGCGACAUUAUUCCAUCAGGGGCACCUGGAAAGCCGGAAGAAAUUGCUCAAGUCAUUGGAUUCUUGGCUGAUCGAAACAUGUCUUCUUAUAUUGUUGGACAAUCGAUCAUUGCCGAUGGAGGAACUUCUUUGAUAAUGGGAAUGAAUACUCAUGAUUUGGGAGACGUCUGUAAAUAG